AUGAUUCCCACAGUCUGGCCCGCUGAAGCGGAGGAGAUAAUCUGCUACUAUAGAAAGAUGCGCGAAGAACGCAACUCACCCCUCCCAAACGUGAAGGGACCUGAUGAUGUUUAUAUGGGUAUGGAGGAGGAGAUCAAUAACCGGCGCAUCUUGAAUAGAUGGAAGAAGAGAAGAGCCCUCGACGAUUUUAGGAAGUUUGUCAUGGAUUACUUUGGGAUUGUUGAGAGCGAGGAAGAAGGUCAAGGACUCGAGGAAGCAGAGGAUGAAAAGGACCUUGAAGAAUACGAAGAGCUCAAGAACGAAAAGGACGAAGAAGAGGAUGACGAGGACGAGGAAGAAGAGUGGGGCUUUGAAGACGAAGACCUCGAAGACGACCUUGAAGAAGACAUCGAAGACCUUGGAGAAGACGAGGAAGAAGACGAGGAAGAGGACGAGGAAGAGGACGACUGGGACUUUGUCUCGAACUCGGAAGAUUUCUUAUUCUAUGAUGACUUGGAACACGAUGACGACUACAUCAGCGAUAAUGUUGAGGAGAUCUCCGACUACGAGCUUCACAUCCACAAUGUCAUCCUAGACUUGGACGAGAGAAUCCACGUCGAGCCAUUACCUCUACCCUGGACCACCAUUCUCUCCAUGGCCAAGCUCCACGCCAGCCUGCUUGUCGAGAUACGAGACGCCUAUCAUGCUAGACAACAGGACUGUUUUUACCAAAGACAAAGGCAAAGACAAGGACAUCAGGGAUCAAACGCCGAACCCGAACCAGGCGCAGCAGAGAUCAUACGGCGGGCGUCAAUAGCCACGGCGUCAAAUGCGGAAACCAUGCGCUUGGUAUGGGAGUACCGCGCCCGUCUCCGCGCUGAAUUGCAAGAGGCUUGUCGGGCUAGGGAAGUCAGGCAAAGUCGCCAGAGGCAGCAGAGGCAGCAAUAG